AUUUCUUAUUUUCGGGUCACUUUGUUAAAUUAUAAAUAAUUUCGUUCUGUGAAGGUACACACGUUCAUAAGUUCCUUAAUUUUCUCGAACCUUCAUUUUCAGCUCCCAACAAUAAUGGCUUCAAUGGCAUCUUCAAGCUCCUUCUGCAACCUCAAGUUUAUCACCAAACCCAACAAUGGUAGAAGAAGCUCUCUUCGCCGUAUUGUAUUUUGUCAGAAGCAUCACGAUGACACACCCACCGACCAAAUCAACCGAAGAGAACUCAUAUUGAGAAGCAGCGAAAUAGCGACCAUUGGUGCCAUCUUCAACUUCGGUGGGAAAAAACCUGAUUAUCUUGGAGUGCAGAAAAACCCACCAGCAUUAGCUCUGUGUCCGGCAACUAAGAACUGCGUGUCAACCUCUGAGAAUAUCAGCGAUCGCACACAUUAUGCUCCUCCAUGUUUCUUUUUCAGGAACUAUAAUCCUGAAGGUAGGAAAAAACCUGUGAGCAGAGAGGAAGCAAUGGAGGAACUGAUAGACGUGAUCGAAUCAACAACACCAGACAAAUUUUCACCACGGAUAGUUGAAAGGAAAGAAGACUAUAUUCGUGUGGAGUACCAAAGCUCAAUCUUGGGGUUUGUGGAUGAUGUUGAGUUCUGGUUUCCACCCGGUAAGGGUUCUACUGUGGAGUAUCGAUCUGCAUCUCGGUUGGGAAACUUUGAUUUUGAUGUGAACAGAAAAAGAAUAAAGGCACUGAGACAAGAGUUGGAGAAGAAAGGAUGGACAUCUCAAGAUACCAUAUGAUUAAUAAACUCAGGCUGAAUUAACAUCAGCAUCUAAGCAAAUAUUAUUUCAUAUACUUUGUGACCUUGUAUACUUUUGUAUUAGAUACAAAUCGCACAGGAUCAUUGCAAGCAAACUUUUCUUAGAUUUUUGGAAUUGUAGAGAAAUCAUUGAGAACAGUACUUCAAACUCUCUCGGGGAAGGAAUGAAAUGAAGACCUUGCGCCAUAUCUUCUUCAAGUUCAUUAAUUGGUCCACUUAUUUACACCUUCACCGAGUUCAAUCUAAUAAUGUAUGAAUCUUGUUUCAAGAAAUUUAAUUUGUGUUUUGUUUCAAACGUGUUCUUCAUGAUUCACUUUUGUUGUAAGUUUGACUUUGCUUCUUCAUGUAUUAAAACUUAUCCUUGCGAUCAAUUUGGAUGAUGCUUUAGGCCUUUCUGUUAUCAAAAUGUACGUACCUAUGUCAUGUUUUCAGAGGCUUUUUGA